UCCACGAGCACAUUGUUUCCCUCUCUAGAAACGCAUAUAAAAAAUGCUCGGGGUUUCCUUUCGCAAGGGUCGAACGACGAGAAAGAAACUUUUCCAUUUCUCUCUCACGAGUCACAGCAGAGCUCCCGCUCAAAUGGGCGAAAACCAGGCGGAGGAGAAAAAGGAGGAGAAGAAAGAGGAAGGAAAGGUGGCGGAGGGAGCAGGGGAGAAGAAGGAAGGUGGAGCCGAAGUGGAGAAAAAGGAGGAAACAAAGAAUGAAGGUGGAGGCGAAGGGGAGAAGAAGGAGGGAGAAGGGGAGAAGAAAGAAGAUGAAAAGGAGGAGGAAGAGCAGAACCCAGAGAUAGUGUUGAAGGUGGACAUGCACUGUGAGGGAUGUGCAAGGAAGGUCCAACGUUCCCUGAGAGGCUUCCCAGGUGUGGAGGAGGUGCAGACGGACAGCAAAGCUCACAAGGUGGUGGUGAAGGGGAAGAAGGCAGACCCUGUAAAGGUCUGUCAGAGGAUUCAGAAGAAGAGCGGGAAGAAGGCUGAGCUUAUUUCCCCGCUGCCCAAACCACCAGAGGCGGAGAAGGAGGAGGAGAAGGAGCAACCUAAGCAAGAGGAGAAAAAAGAAGAGCCUGUGGUCGUCACUGUGGUUUUAACAGUUCGCAUGCACUGCGAGUCAUGUGCCCAAGUGGUCCAAAGACGCAUUCACAAGAUGAAAGGUGUAGAGUCGGUGGAGACAGACUUGAAGAAUGACAAGGUAAUUGUGAAAGGGGUGGUGGAUCCAAAGAAGCUGGUGGAGUACGUGUAUAAGCAGACGCGGAAGCAGGCGACUAUCGUGCCGCCGCCGCCACCGGAGGAGGAAAAGAAGGAAGAGGUGAAGGAGGAAGAGAAGAAGGAAGAAAAGGGGGAGAGCGAGAAGAAGGAAGGCGAAGAAGGCAAAGACGGUGGUGAGGAGGAGAAGAAGAGCGAGAUGAAGAAGAGCGAGUACUGGCCGCCCGCUAGAUAUUACAUGGAAUACGCGUACCCGCCACAGAUAUUUAGCGACGAGAAUCCUAAUGCAUGCUCCAUCGUGUGAUUUGUUAAUAAGAGUUGUCGAGUUCUUGCCUUCUUCUUCUUUUUCUUUUUAGCUUUUUAAUCUUUGUUUUGUAGUUACCUGUGUAUCUAUCACCUGUAUCAAAGCCAUAAUCAUCCCAAAUAAAUGCUCCUUAAGAUGAUCA